UUGCAGACCUCCACAUGUUGGACUAUGGGAUUCCACAGAGAAUGAGCUUCUCAUCCUUCUUCCAUUAGUAAGCCAGUCUUCCCAGCUGCUCUCCCACCAUCCACUGUCCUCAUGUCCACCAUACUCCUGAAUUUGGAUUUUGGGGAACCUCCAAAAAAGGCAUUUGGAGGAAAUGCCAAGCACCAACGUUUUGUCAAGAAGCGACGGUUCUUAGAGCAGAGAGGAUUUCUGAAUAAAAAGAACCAACCUCCUAGCAAGGUGUCUAAGUUGCACUCAGAACCUCCACAGAAAGGGGAAACUUCUUCAAGAGUAGAUGGCAUUUUGAAGAUCCUUCCAUGCCCAAAGAAGAAGGAAGCAGCUGCCUCCAAGAGGGAGUCAGAGCAGUCCACAGACAAGAAAGCAUCAUUGUCUUGGCUGACCCCUGCUCCUUCAAAGAAGACUGAUUCUGUCGUGGCUAAAAUAGAUUUGCUAGGGGAGUUUCAGAGUGCCCUUCCAAAGAUUAAGAACCACCCAUCUCACACUCAGAAGAGCUCCAAGAAGAAGAAGCCCUUGAAGAAAAAUGCUACAGAGAACUCCACCCAGGCUCAUUCUGAGAGUAAGGACUCCAAGAAGCCCCCACAGAAGAGUGCUGCGCAGGACUCCACUCAAGCUCAUUCCGAGAAUCAAGGCUCCAAGAAGUCCUCGAAGAAAAAUGCUGCACAAAGCUCCACCCAAGCGCGUUCAGAGGAUAAGUGCCUUAAAGUUUCCCAGAACUUGCCGGGGAAGAUGGUGGCCCUGGACUGUGAAAUGGUGGGCACAGGGCCCAAGGGGCGUGUUAGCUCCUUGGCUCGGUGCAGCAUUGUGAACUACAAUGGAGACGUGCUCUACGAUGAGUACGUCCGCCCCCCCUGCCAUAUUGUGGACUACCGGACCAGAUGGAGUGGCAUCCGAAAGAGCCACAUGGUGAACGCUACACCCUUUAAGAUUGCGCGGAGUCAGAUCUUGAAGAUCCUCUCAGGAAAGGUAGUGGUAGGGCAUGCCAUCCACAAUGACUACAAAGCCCUGCAGUACUUUCAUCCCAAGUCUCUCACCCGAGACACUUCCCAGAUACCGCUCCUCAACCGGAAGGCUGGCUGCCCAGAGAAUGUCACUCUGUCACUGAAGCAUCUCACCAAGAAGCUGCUGAGUCGGGACAUCCAGGCUGGACAAAGUGGACAUUCCUCAGUGGAAGAUGCCCAGGCCACCAUGGAGCUGUACAAGUUGGUUGAAGUUGAAUGGGAACAGCACCUGGCCCAGAAUCCUCCAGAAAAUUAGCUGUCCCGGGGAGACACGUGCAGUAGACCACUGCACAACUCUGCCAGCUGCACAGCUGUAGAGGCUGGCAUUGUUGGGGAGGGGCUUGACCAGAGACUCGAUACCCAUUGAAUUUUCAUCCCAGCUCUUGUGGUCGCUGUGUGGUUAAGUGUCCCAUGGAAGGGGAAGAAAGCCGUAAUGUUAAACCCCACCUCUAGGCCAGGCAGGUGGCCAGGUCUGUAAUCCCAGGGACUUGGGAGGUUGAGACAGGUUACAAACUUAAGGUUGGCCUGGGCUACAGAAUUAAUUCAAGGCCAGUGAGACCCUGUCCUAACAUAAAAAGAGGGCCAGGAGUACAGCGCAGUGCUAGAGCACUUCCUAGCAUGCACAAAGCCCUAGGUUCAGUGUCCAGUAGUGGGGUGGGGGAGGAUGGAAAGAAUGGAACACAACAUGAAUUAGAGACUGUUUACUUUUUAAUAGUGCUAACCACGUGUCCCAGGGUGCUUGUGCCAGUCAGCUUUCUGGACUUCGAGGAAGCAAGGCACACCAGGGAAUACAGAUUCCCACAUUACCUUAUCAGUGGGACACAUAACAUAGAUGUGUCUCCCUUUGGUGGGGCUUUGGGUAAAGGAGUUGUUUGUUGUGUUGCCAAGGUUGGCCUCAAAACACUUGUGCUCAAAUGACUCCUUCCUCAGCCCCAUGAGUAACUGGGACUACCGGUGUGUGUUCACCACUGUGCCUGGUUCUUUGAAUUUUAUGUUUUUUAUUAUAAAGUAAUUAAUAGUAUCCUUUCAUUUCCAGAAGUGUCCUGAUUAGAGGUGGGCAUGGUGAUCUGUAAAUCCAGGACUCUGGAGUUCAGGGCAGGGAAAUCAAAAGUUCAAGGCCAGUCUGAAUACAUAGAGAGGCUCUGGCUCAUAGACGUAGAAAAGAAAAGGGACAGAUUGUGUGGCUGGUUGCUGAAUUGUAUAGCCACAUUAUAUAGCACAGAAUAAGAGUUUACUUCAUUUACGUUCUGUUUAGUUUACAAAGAAUUUACCUUGUUUUAAUAGUCUUUCAAUCUUUCACCUUGCAAAUGAAGCCUUUUAAAAAUUCAAAUGAUUCUUUUUAUGAAUUUUUAUAAUAGAAAACUAGUGUUCUUUUUUCCAUAAAGAUUAUUUUUAUUGUA